UAUGUGUCCUGAAACUAAUUCAUGUAGCCUUAUUUAUUGUAAGCAACUCCCUCAAUAGCCAAUGUUGCGUGUGCCUCCAUCCCCGGUUUGUAUUUCUGCCAUAUCAGUAAGAAAUAUGUCGAACGCAGCGAGGACGUCUCCAGCAGACCAUAGCAAUCAUAGUAGGUUUCAACAAGAGCAUUUGCUCGGAGAAGAAAGAAUAUUUUACCAGUACACAACACAUCCUACCAUCGGCCAUAGCUAUGCGCGUGUAUCUCCUUUGGGACUGAUUGGUUAUCGCUGGUUCAGAACGGGCUCGGGGGGUUUCCUCUGCUCCACAAUCUAUGUAGCUUGUGAAUCUGGGCCCAAUUUAACAUUCGGGUUCCGAUUUCAAAUAUCUAAAGCGUCCCGCUUGAUUUCGGUAAUGCUGGAAGCUCAGCUGUUGCGGCUUUGCCAAGUUGUCUCUGUAUGUCGCUUAUGUCUUUCAGCCUCCACAUACUUGUCGUUCUUUUGUCCUGACAUCUGCGAAGCUUAGCCGAACUAAGCGCCGGCAUUCGAUGGCAUGAAUAAGGCAUGUCUGCGCUGCAUAUGUGCAGCUUGGAAGUAAUUUCCAACUCGGUGCCUUUUCUUAUCGAUCCGUUAUGCUUUGUCUUAUUGAUUCACUAUCCGCCGUGUUCUGACAAAGGCCCAAGUCUGCAAAAUCUUUGCCUAUUGGAAUCAGACAUGCGAGUCCGAUGGAAGCGUUCCAUAACUGGAUCAGAUAAACAGCAUACCAAGCUUCAAGACUCGAAAAGCAUCGGAUCAUACAUCCAGGCUGUAAAAGGCAACAAUAUAUUCAAAUUCUGUCAGGCGCCUUCGCUGAUAAUUCUCGGAUGUGCUAAGUUACCUGUUG